UGACUGCCAGCUGACAAGUGACAAUGACAGGACGGAACUUUUAUUUCAUAUUUCAUAAUCUAACAAUUUAAUUUCUGUGUUUCAUCCUGACAGACAGAUGUUUGUUUUAUUUUUUAGGAGUUUUAAAAAGUACAUACAAAAUGUUACAGCGAUUAGUACAUGUAACUUUAAAUGUUAAAAUAUGUAACAGACAUAAUCCAUUACUAUUUGGAAUACCCUUUCGGAGCCAAGCUAGACACAACUGUGGAUUCAGGUUAUAUUCUAGUCACAAAGUUUCAGCCUUACGAAACUAUUAUGAACGGACUGCAAUAAAAGGAAGCGGGUUAAUGUCCUUAAAGUCCAGAUUUUACAGUAGCCAGGUUGAUACACAAAGAAAUAAUGCUCAAUUUGAAAGUGUUAAUUUAAAAACUUCGAUAGGCAAAUCAAAGAAAGUCGAUUUGAGAUCUAAAUCUUCAGAACUGAAACGUUUACUUUCUCUGGCUGCGCCUGAAAAAUGGACAUUAACUGGUGCUAUUGGUUUCCUGAUUGUGUCUUCGAGUGUGACAAUAGCUGUUCCAUUUUCCUUGGGCAAAGUUUUAGAUAUAAUUUAUAGCAGUACAAAUGACCUUGGUGCGACCACGGAGAGACUUGAUAGUUUAUGUUUAAUGUUAUGUGGAGUAUUUCUUGUUGGUGGCUUAUGUAAUUUUGGCAGAGUAUACUUAAUGUCGAUAUCAGGCCAGAGGAUGACGCAGUCGCUGCGCAAGCAAGCAUACGCUGCGAUAAUGCGUCAAGAGCCAGCCUGGUUCCAUAGGACAUCGACUGGGGAGCUCGUCAACCGUUUGUCGGCUGACACACAACUGGUGGGGAGGAACCUCAGUCAGAAUGUCAGUGAUGGUUUACGGUCAUUACUUAUGACGGUAGCCGGCGCGGGAAUGAUGUUUUACAUGUCCCCAUCGUUGGCCCUUAUCGGGCUAUGCGUGGUGCCGCCCGUGUCGAUGUUGGCUGUGAUAUACGGCAGGUUCGUCCGCAGCAUCACAAGGCAGUUGCAGACCACUCUGGCUGACACUAGCGAGUUGGCGGAAGAGAAGAUUUCAAAUAUAAAAACGGUAAAAGCGUUCAGUAAGGAAGCGAAGGAAUGUGAAUCGUACGCACAGAGAAUAGAAACCGUAUUGAAAUUGGCAUACAAGGAAUCCUUGGCUGUUGGAAGUUUCUAUGGAUUGACAGGACUUUCGGGCAACACUAUAAUAUUGCUAGUGUUGUACUACGGCGGAGGCAUGGUGGCUACGGAGCAACUGACAGUGGGUCAUCUGACGUCUUUCUUGCUGUAUGCGGCGUACGUCGGCAUCAGUAUCGGAGGACUCAGCGGCUUUUAUACAGAGCUGAACAAAGGUCUGGGUGCUGCGACUCGACUGUGGGAGAUUAUGGAUAGAAAACCUUUGAUUCCGGCAACAGGUGGCCUCCGACCAGAGACAAGACCGAAGGGUGAAAUAGUAUUAGAGAAUGUGACAUUCUCAUACCAAGGUGCUCCGUUGAUCAGGGGAAUGAAUUUACAUUUAACUCCGGGCAAAUCAAUCGCGCUGGUUGGUCGGUCUGGUUGCGGCAAGAGUACCAUAGCCUCGCUGAUUUUGAGGUUAUACGACCCUGAGGAAGGUCGGAUAUUGUUGGACGGUGUGGAUAUAAGACAUUUGGAUCCUGUCUGGUUGAGAAGUCAUAUUGGUUUCGUGAGUCAGGAACCAGUUCUUUUUAGUGGGUCAAUAAAAGAUAAUAUAUUGUAUGGCUCGCUGGAUGACCGUGAGGAAAUGAUCGAGAUUAACGGUAAGAUGGAGCCGGCGUGGCUGGUGGCGGCGCGCACGGCACAGCUGCAGGACUUGGGCGCGUCGCGCGCGGGCUGGCGGCGCGAGGUGGGCGCGGGCGGCUCGCACCUCAGCGGCGGACAGAAGCAGCGCGUCGCCAUCGCGCGCGCCGUCGUCAAGAAUCCAAAAAUCUUAAUACUCGACGAAGCUACUUCAGCUUUGGACGCUUAUUCUGAAUAUCUAGUUGACAAAGCUUUAAAGGAUAUCAGCAGAGACCGCACCGUGCUCACUAUAGCACACAGACUCAGCACCAUACAGUCCGCAGACGAGGUGGCGGUCGUCGACAACGGAUGUAUCGUAGAACAAGGCACAUAUACCGACCUCAUGUCUAAAGAUAAUGGAGUCUUCAAAGAACUCAUCACACAUCAAACGUUCGCCUCAAAGUCCAGAGAGAAAAGCGAAAUACAACGACAAUGACAAAGUCAAAUGAAGGUCAUGACUCAUGACAUUGUUAUUUGUUAGAAAAUUUUAUUAUUUAUUUUUUAUGUUGGGAUAUUUAAUAUUAAAAAACGAAUAAAUUAUAAAUU